AUGAGUAAUCAUGAACCCUCCGAAUCAAGAGGCACUAAAAGGGAUUUUAGUACGGCAAUUUUAGAACGCAAGAAGUCGCCGAACCGCCUGGUGGUGGACGAGGCUACUAACGAUGAUAACUCCGUCGUCUCCAUGAACCCGCAAACGAUGGAGAAGCUGAAUAUUUUCCGGGGAGACACUAUCCUCUUGAAGGGAAAGAAAAGGCGGGAUACAGUAGCUAUAAUCCUCGCCGACGAGACUUGCGACGGAUCGAAAAUCAGGAUGAAUAAGGUGGUCCGGUCCAACCUCAGGGUCAGGCUCGGAGACGUUGUUUCAGUACACAGUUGCCCUGAUGUCAAGUACGGGAAACGAAUUCACGUCCUUCCAAUUGACGACAGCAUUGAAGGAAUCACCGGAAACCUGUUUGAUGCGUAUUUGAAGCCUUACUUCUUUGACUCGUACCGACCCGUCAGGAAGGGUGACCUUUUUCUGGUCAGGGGAGGGAUGAGAAGCGUUGAAUUCAAGGUGGUCGAAACCGACCCGGCUGAAUAUUGUGUGGUAGCUCCUGAUACGGAGAUCUUUUGCGAGGGCGAACCGGUUCGAAGGGAGGAUGAAGAAAGUUUGAACGAUGUCGGUUACGAUGACAUUGGAGGCGUUAGGAAACAACUGGCGCUGAUUCGGGAAUCGGUUGAGCUUCCAUUGAGGCAUCCGCAGCUCUUCAAAGCCAUCGGGGUGAAGCCUCCAAAAGGGAUCCUACUUUACGGUCCUCCAGGAACUGGGAAGACAUUGAUUGCCAGGGCUGUGGCUAAUGAGACUGGCGCUUUCUUUUUCCUUAUCAAUGGUCCCGAAAUUAUGUCGAAAUUGGCCGGGGAGAGUGAAACAAACUUAAGGAAGGCGUUUGAGGAAGCCGAAAAGAAUGCUCCGGCUAUCAUCUUUAUUGACGAGCUCGAUUCCAUUGCUCCCAAGCGAGAGAAGACCAACGGGGAAGUAGAAAGAAGAAUAGUUUCACAGCUUUUGACACUUAUGGACGGACUCAAGUCCCGUGCUCAUGUCAUCGUUAUUGGUGCUACAAAUCGUCCCAACAGCAUUGAUCCUGCCCUUAGAAGGUUUGGGAGGUUUGAUAGGGAAGUAGACAUUGGUGUUCCUGAUGAAGUCGGCCGCCUUGAGGUUCUCAGAAUCCACACCAAGAACAUGAAGAUCGAUGAAGGAGUGGAUUUGGAAAGAGUUUCUAAAGAUACACAUGGUUACGUGGGCGCUGAUUUGGCAGCUUUGUGUACUGAGGCUGCGCUUCAGUGCAUCCGGGAGAAGAUGGACGUUAUUGACUUGGAUGACGACUCCAUUGAUGCCGAGAUCCUCAACUCCAUGGCGGUUACCAAUGAUCACUUUCAGACUGCUCUCAGCACAAGCAACCCUUCUGCCCUUCGUGAGACGGUGGUUGAAGUUCCGAAUGUCAGCUGGGAAGAUAUUGGUGGCCUCGAGAGUGUCAAGAGAGAACUUCAAGAGACUGUACAGUAUCCGGUCGAACAUCCCGAGAAGUUUGAGAAGUUUGGAAUGUCUCCGUCCAAGGGAGUCCUCUUCUACGGGCCGCCUGGAUGUGGUAAGACUUUGUUGGCCAAGGCGAUUGCGAAUGAGUGUCAGGCAAACUUUAUCAGUAUCAAGGGUCCUGAGCUGCUUACCAUGUGGUUUGGAGAGAGCGAGGCCAAUAGAGGAAACAGUGUUGGCGAUGCUGGAGGUGCCGCUGAUAGAGUGUUGAAUCAACUCCUGACAGAGAUGGAUGGAAUGAACGCCAAGAAAACCGUUUUCGUCAUUGGCGCAACCAACCGACCCGACAUAAUUGAUCCAGCGCUGUUGAGGCCUGGAAGAUUGGAUCAAUUGAUUUACAUUCCGCUCCCAGAUGAAGAUUCACGGCACCAGAUUUUCAAGGCAUGCCUCAGAAAAUCCCCUGUUUCUAAGGAUGUGGACUUGAGGGCUCUAGCCAAGUUCACUCCAGGAUUCAGUGGUGCUGAUAUUACAGAGAUUUGCCAACGGGCCUGCAAGAAUGCGGUAAGGGAAAAUAUCGAGAAAGGCAAGGAAAAAGAGAGGAAGAGACUAGAAAAUCCUGAUGCUAUGGAGGUGGAGGAAGAAGAUGAAGUUUCCGAAAUCAAGGCAUCUCACUUCGAGGAGUCAAUGAGGUUUGCCCGUAGAAGUGUUACUGAUGCGGACAUACAAAAAUACCAGGCCUUCGCCCAAACUCUCCACCAGUCUAGAGGUUUCGGCUCCGAAUUCCGGUUCAACCAAACAUCUACCGCGGACGCCGGGACAGCCGCAGCUGACCCGUUUGCAAUUUCCAAUGCUGGAGCUGAAGACGACGAAGACCUUUACAGUUAG